GAUAAGUAGCAGUGCAGGGGUUGGGUAGUCUCUUUGUGUGGUAAAAGAAUGGGGGGAUUGUGUGUUUGUUACACACCUGAGUCUCCUCCCCCUCCCCGUCCUCCUCACUGCACCUGCUAUAUACACCUGUCCUCACUCUCCCUCGCGUCCCCCAUGGGAACCAGUCACAGGGAUUAUUUGAGAUCUGACACCUACAGACAUAGUGGCGAUUGAACCUUCUGUUCUCGAGCAGCAGUGGAGCAGAAAAGACUCCAGAAGUGUAGACGCAGCAUCACGCGACUCCCAUGAAACUCAUCCAGACGCGGCCAGGUCCUCCGCUCUACUGAUUUCUCUACUGUUCUUUGUUUGUUUGGCAAAUUCGGGACUGAAAGUGACUUGAAAGCAAUCAUAGAUGUCUUACAGUAAUUAGUCGUCUUUGUAGCUGUGGCGGGGGCUUUGAAUGGUGAUUGGGGUUUUGUGUGCGGGAUGGUUGGCUCAGGGUCCCUCCUUUUGUAGCCCGCCUCGGUCUGCCCCGGAGAAAGAGGGAAAAAUGAGAACGAGGGGCUGGAGGCAGCUGUCACUUAACAUGUGAAUGUUCGGGAGCAGCCUGGGGGUCUUUAGAAAGCUUUUUAUCCUCCUCGUUUUCAUUUGAAGCAGAGUUUGUGAGCCAAAAGAGGAGCUGGGGGAGGGGCUAACGCUGGGAGGGAAAGAGGGAGGUGAAGGGACUGCUCCUCUGUCUAAAUGCCUGGCACAAGAGUUCACACAACAGGCUGCCGACUUAUAACUCUACCAAAACCUCCGGAUGGGGAACACCUACUAUCCUGGACCUUGAAACACAGCAUACAGGACUUUUCCAGCAUCUGAACAGCUUCAGCGAAGAAUUCCUCUAUGGGACUGUGCACAACAAAGGCAAGAGAGAGAGAAUACCGCUGAUGGGAGGGGGCAGCCGGAGGGAGAGAGGGACAUUGUUUGCUUGUGGCUGUGGGCGACGGAAAAGCAUGGGUCAUCUUGCAUAAAGUGUGUGUGUUUAAACCGGGAUUUGUGAGUAAGUGAAGUCCUGUUUGAGCAAGUGAAUGUGAAGGUUUCGCAUGUUUAUACGUCUGCAAAGGAAGGCCUCUGAAAGGAUGCUGAGAGAAGACAGGUUUUUUGUUCUCCUGUUUGAAUGAUGACGGAGGAACUUGUGGAAUUGUCCAGUUAGCCGUUUGUCCUCCUCUAUGCACAAGAGUAAGUAUGCACCACCGAGACUCCAACCGUCACAACGGCCACCUCUUUCUGGGCUCAUUGAAACUUUCUCACUGAAACCAGCAGAUACUCUGGAUGCAGGGAGACAGUGAUGCUAACAGAACCACUUGAAUGUCACUGAGGAGGAUUAUGGCUCAAAAUUGGUGUGGGUAAAACAGCUUGCGAGGAUUUGGAUGUAAAUAGUUUAUGUGCUGCUGUGUGUGACCGCGUUCACUGUUCUGUAGUUUAGGCAACACCUGUAUGUAUGGCACAGGGACCUGAUUAACCCGUGGAUUUGAAGAAUCAUGGGUAACCUCAUUAGCAGACCUAGCUGUUUGGGACAAAAGUCCAAACAAGUUAAGUCAGAUGAGAGUGUCUUGAAAGAAUGCUACCAGCAAGGGAGUGAAUGGCCGCUCCCAGAGCCUCCUAAAGAAGAGACAAGAAAAGAGGACGUGGAAGAGGCUCUUCGACAAACUCCAACACCGGAAAAGCAGAGGAGUUCCCCAGCCCCUACUGUCACCACGACCAGCACUCUGGACAACGCCUGGCGAAGCACUCCAUCCCCAGUAAAAACACCAAGAAAUGAGUCUUUGCCCAGAAGGUGUAAUAUUCCGGAGUAUAGAAGGUCCCCCCUGAGUCAGUAUGGGUCCGUGGACAGGAGAGGCAGCCUGCAGAGAAGGGAUUCUGGAAGUCCCUGGUCCUGGAAGCCUCUGAACACUCGAGAGGUCACUGAAGUCACAGAGGUGACAGAGACGAUUGUUACAGAGAUUGUGGAGGUGACAGAGUAUCCUCCUGCGGGCAAAGGAGGUGACCCUAUUGUUACUAGAACUGUUAGAGUCCUUACUGGAGCUGCUGAGGAACUUGCAGAGCUGCAGAAAGAUGGUCAGUUCAGUUCAGACCAGCAAUCAAGUCUAGAUCAAUUGAAGGAUGGCAGUAGUGUUUUGGCUCUGAAAGAUGAUUUCAGCGAUCCGUUGAAAUUCCUGCAAAAUCUGGAAACACUGUUGACAUGGGUCUGCGAGAUUGAGGAGCUGACAGCCAAUCAAAAACCACCAUCCUCAGAGUUUAAGGUGGUGAAAGCCCAACUGCAAGAACAGAAGCUCUUACAGCGCUUCCUAGCGGACAGGAGACCCAGUAUGGAGACCAUGAUACAGGAGGGUCCACACCUAGCAGAGGGGCUUCAGGGAAAUGACAGUGAAAAGACCAAAGUGCAGCUUGCACAGCUCAAACUCAAGUGGGAGGCUCUUCUUCAGGGCACCAACAGCAGACACAAGAUUCUGGAGGACAUUCUGCCAAGAGCUCAGCUAUUCCAGGAGAGGACAGACAGACUUCAGCAAUGGCUGAUAUCUGUGGAUCAGGACUUAGCUGAGCUCCGCGCUGCAGAGAGAGGGAUGCUCCAUCUACAAGAAGCUGCAUUACAGGCCAAGGCAGUCAUGGAAGAGAUAAAAGCUAAGAGUGUCGACCUGGGGAUACUCCAGCAAUGUGCUCAUGACCUCAUGGAAAAGAUUUCAGAGGAGGAAACCCAGCUGGUGCAGGAGCGGGUGGACAGUCUGCGUAUCCGGUACUCAGUGAUGAGUCUGGGUAGUGCUGAUGUCCUGCAGAGGCUGGAACAGGCUUUGGAGGCAUCUAGUCGAUGUACCUCCAGUCAAGAAGACCUCCACCUAUGGCUUGGGCGCAUUGAAAGAGAGCUGCUGGCUCCUGCUGCCCAGACUGAGACUGGGGAUGCAGUCUUGUGUUCUUCGGAGAGGCAGAAGCUGGAACAGGCUGUUGAGAAAGAGUUGGCUUGGUUUAGAGACACCUCACUGGCAUUAGAGGAGCUCAGAGCCAUUAAUCUGGACCAAGAUGUCAUUACAUCCCAGCUCCAUGAGCAGAAAAUACUUGCUGUAGAGAUUCUGCAGCACAAGUUUAACAUUGAGAAAAUGGUCAAGAUUUUGGAACUCCUGCAAACGUACACUGAGGAUGGGGAGACACUGAGACUCCAGUCUUCUAUAGACACCUUACAGGAGCAGUGUCAGGUCACUACUGCCACUAAUUCGCAUGUCGUGCUUCAGCUGGAGCAUGCUCAGUCGCUCUUGUCUCAGUUCUCAGAGGGCUAUGCUGAGGUGUUACCAUGGUUAGAAGAAACCAAAGCCCUUAUUGGUCAGUUUACACUGAACACCAUCAGCUACGAGGCUUUCCGAGAACAACAGGACCUCUUACAGGGCAUCAGGGAGUCCAUAGCAGAGCAUAAGCCGCUGAUAGCACGACUGAUCAUGCUGGCCUGGCGUCUAUCAGACCUGAAUGCAGCUCAGGGACAGGAGUUCUGCCAGAAAGCUAGGGACACUGAAGAGCAGCACCUGGCAAUCAGAGACAGGGUUCGAGAAGCUGCUGGAGUACUGGAGGAGUCUCUGCCCCGCUAUACACAGCUGAAUGAGAGGAUGACUCUGAUUGGAGAGAGACUGGAGCGUCUGUGUAGUCACCUGCAGGCCUCAACAGCUCUUCAAGGCCUCACCCCAAGAAUUCAGGAGCAGCUACAGGACAACAAGCACACUUUGUCUGAGCUCUCCAAAAUGGAUCUGGACCUUAGCAGUGUGAGAACACAGGCCCAGGAGCUCAUGACUAACACAGGGGCUCUUGGGGACAGUUCCAUUGGCACAGCCAUUCAAGAGCGGGUUUGCAGUCUAUCAAGCCGCUGGGAAGAGGCUCAAAGGCAAGCUCAAGAGAAGGAGAAGUGGCUUCUCAAUCUCCUGGAUCUGGCAGUCAGGUUCUGGAAUGAAGUGAGUGACACGACAGCUGGACUGAAUGAUGCCCAGCAGGCUGUUCUGGACCUCAACUCCAGUCGAUCAGAUUCAGAAACCAUCCGACAGAGCCUGGAGACCAUGCAGACACUCAGGGAGGACAUUGAUUCUCUGCAAGGUGACCUGGACACACUGGGAAUUCUGGGAAUGGAACUCAUGUCAGCUUGUGGUGACACAGACAAACCAGAGGUCACCAAAAGUUUGGAUGAGCUUUAUGGCACAUGGAACAAUCUCAGUAAGAUCUGGACAGAGUGCAACAGAAAGUUAGAAGAAUGUUUGCGAAUGGCUCUUCAUUACCAGGACAGCAUGCAGGGACUCUUUGAGUGGCUGAAGUCUGCAGAGCUGAAAUCCACCGAGGAGUUCUCAGUGGGAUCUGACCUGGGAUCAGUUAAAGAGCAGCUGUGUGACCUGAAGGAAUUUAAGCGAGAGCUCUAUCAGAAGAAGAUCGAGAUUGAGAGUCUAAACCAUCGCUUUGUGUGUCGUCUCUCCCCGGGCACCGAGCGGCCUGGGUCCAUCUCCCCACUGGGUGACUUCCGCCAGCGAUGGGACAACUUGGAAUCAGAGACUGUCAGCAGACAGCACCAGUUGGAGUGUGCACUGCUGGGCUUGGGUCAGUUCCAGAACACGCUCGAUGAGCUGCACGCCUGGCUCUCCCACACAGCUGACCUACUGCAGGCCUUUCAGCCAAUCAGCAUUGACCUGCAGACCUGUGAGAUAGAGCUAGCCAAGCACAAGGUUCUGUGGAAUGAUGUGAUGUCCCAUGUGCACACGGUAGACUCUCUGAACCUGGCUGGCAGAAACCUGAUGGAGUCUGGAGCGGGAGAAAGUUCACAUGUCCUGCAGACUCGUCUGGAACAGCUGAACGAACGCUGGGAAUUUGUGCGCUGUGAGACAGAGCGCAGACAGCUAGAGCUGGAAAAUAACCUCAGUCAGGUUCAGGAUGUGACCAUGGAGAUCCAGGAUCUCCUGCAGUGGCUGGAGCACACAGACCUGAGGCUGUCGUCCAGUAAGACGGUGUGGGGAAUGCCAGACUCUGCCAGCGAGAGACUGAGCGCUCAUUUGGAGUUGUGUAAUGAGAUGGAUUCUAAAAUGCACGCCUACACAAAUGUGCGCAACGCCAUCCACAGGAUGCUGGAGGGCAGUGAAGUGGCCCGGGGCUCCAGCACGGAGCAUAGCUUAUACAUGCUGGAGCAGAAGUGGAGCGCUGUCUACGCGAAAAUACAAGAAAGAAAGGCAAAGUUAACAGAGGGUCUUGGUCUGGCCAAGGAGUUUAACAGUAAUGUCCAGGACCUGCUGACUAAAAUGGCCAAGUGUGAGGAGACCAUAAACGCUCUGUCUGUGCCCAGCUUCAUCCUGGACACCGUCUGCGCUCAGCUUCAGGAGCACAGGGUGCUGGUAGGUGAGGUGCAGUCUUACGGUGAGAGGAAGACGAGCGUGGAGACCGCUGCCACACGUCUGUCGGAGCUCAGCAGGAAGGAAGACUGUGAUGUGGUGCAGAACCUGAUCAUGACCGUUCAGGACCGAUACAAGAAACUCCUCCAGCACACCUCAGACCGGGGGAAAACACUCGAGGACGUCAAAAGACAUGCGAAACAGUUCAGUGAAUCAUGGCACUUGCUGGUGGACUGGAUGACGGAGGUUGAGCAGACGCUGGACACACACAAAGAGAUCUCUGUGUCACAGGAAGAGAUCAAACAACAGCUCACUGAACAGAAGGAGUUCCAGAAGCUGCUCCGCUCGAAGCGGCCGAUGUACGAGGCCUGUCUGAAGAGUGGCCGCUCGCUGCAGGAGAAAGCCCAGAGUCCUGAAGACACGCAGCACCUAGAGAACAUGGUGUCUGAGCUCAGAGACUCAUGGGACACCAUCAGCGGCAAAUCCAGCGAGAGGCAGCACAAGCUGGAAGAGGCUCUGCUGUUUUCAGGCAGAUUCACUGACGCUCUGCAGGCUCUUAAUGACUGGCUGUACAGAGCCGAGCCACAGCUGGCUGAAGAUGUGCCUGUCUGUGGGGAAAAAGAGCUGGUCAGCAAUCUGAUGGACAAGCACAAGGUGUUCCAGCGGGAGCUCGGGAAGCGUGCCAGCUGUAUCCGCACACUGAAGCGCUCGGUCAGGGAUCUGACGCGGAGCAGCACGGCCGAUGCACACUGGCUGCAGGAGCAGAUGGAGGAGCUGGAGAGCCGCUGGGAGGCUGUGUGUAAACUCUCUGUGUCCAGACAGACUCGACUAGAGGCCGCGCUGCAGCAGGCGGAGGAGUUCGAUGGGAUGGUUCACUCGUUCCUGGAACAUCUUUCGGAUGUUGAGAGGGUCCUGAAGUAUGGAGUGCUGCCUGAGGAAGAGCAGGGUCUUCUGGCAUUUCACACCUGUCACCAGGAGUCGAUGAGCUCCUUGAACGCUCAGCAGACGGCCCUGGAGAACAUUCACAGACUGGGCGAGGAGAUCCUGUCCUCCUGCCAUCCAGACUCUGUCAUCACCAUCAAAUCAUGGAUCAACAUCACAAAGACUCGCUACGAAGAGGUCCAGACAUGGGCGAAGCAGCAGGCCGAGAGGAUCCAGAGCACGCUGUCUGCUCUCGAGGCAGAGAGAGAAGAGAUCCAGCGAUUACUGGACUGGAUCUCCUCCGCUGAAGAGACUCUCAGUCUGAAGGAGCAGGAGCCACUGCCUGAGGACCUCGAGCUCACCGCAGAUCUUAUCACACAACACACGGAUUUCAUGGAUGAGAUGAAAGGGAAGGUACCAGAAAUUGAAAACGCCACAAAAUCCUGUAAACACAAGCUGGUUCCCAAGCAGCAGGUUUCUCCCAGUCGCAAGGCCCCGGCAAAGAGGAGAGGCACAGUGAAACCCCCGCCAUCUGUUCCUCUUCCACUGGAGAAGCUGGACCCUCAGACACCUGUGAUGUGUCAGCUGGUGAGUCAAUGGAGGAAACUCUGGCUCCUGGCCCACGGCAGACAGAGCAGACUAGAGGAACAUCUGCAGAGGCUGAAAGAGCUGGAGGAGUUCGCUAAUUUUGACUUCAACAUCUGGCGGAAAAGAUACAUGCAGUGGAUAAGUCACCUCAAAUCCCGGAUACUGGAUGUUUUCCGUAGCAUUGAUCGAGAUCAGGACGGCCGGAUCACUCACAAGGAGUUCAUCGACAGCGUGCUGGCCUCUAAGUUUCCCACCAACUCUCUGGAAAUGACUGCGGUUGCUAACAUAUUUGAUGUUAACGCCGAUGGAUUCAUUGACUACUAUGAAUUUGUGAGUGCCCUCCAUCCAAGCCGAGACCCUUACAGAAAGACAAUAGAUGCAGACCAAAUCAAUGAGGAGGUGAGUCGUCAGGUCUCUCAGUGCAACUGUCCAAAGAGAUUUCUAGUGGAGCAAAUUAGCUCAAAUCGCUACAGGUUUGGCGACUCUCAGCAGUUGCGGAUGGUUCGUAUCCUCAGAAGCACUCUGAUGGUUCGAGUAGGCGGUGGAUGGACGGCAUUAGAUGAGUUUCUAGUGAAGAAUGACCCCUGCAGAGUAAAGGGACGCACAAACCUGAAGAUAAAGGAGAAGUAUCUCUCUCCGGACGGGUUCGAGGCGUCGGGCCGCAGAGGCAGUGCUAAAGGCCUGACCGUCAGCAGAUCUAACUCCAGUCUGAGUUUAUACAGCAGCGCUUCGGCUCCCAGCAGCCCACUGACACGCAAGGCAUUGCUACGCAGAAGUUUCUCUGGUGAGAGGUGCAUUCGACCCAGGAGCUCUAUCGCAGCUUUAGGGAGCGACCAUUUCUCUGCCGACAUCGACUCUCCUUCACCUACAGAAGAGGCAGAAAGACCACCAACAUGACUACAUCUUGUCCAAUACCAUGAGCUCAACCAGGCAGGCGUUCCUGAUCCACAGGAUGGACAGAAAGCACCCGAGCAGGCCUCAGAUCAGUGGACACGCUCAGACACAGCUCUCAUGGCUGAUCACUAGUGCUCUGAGGUGUGUUACACCAACCCUUUCAUAAAACAUUGGUUUGUACCUUCACAGACUUUGUUUUUACAAUGAGGACUCCUUUCUUUGUGAGUAACGAGAGACCGCUGGAAUGUUUUGCAUGGGAUUGAGCAGCACGACGCCUGUAGUAUCAAAGAGCAAUAGCUUAUGUAGUGCUUUACACAGCAUAUAUCCACAGAUCUCUUUGUUUUCUGUAGUUGCCUGAUGUAGGGACACAUGUUCAAUCUGACCCUGCAUCCUCAAGAAUAAAGCCCAGUUUCACCCCACAGUUAGUGAUGCAAAAUACAAACCAAAACACUGCUGUCUUAUGGGUUAGGCUUUAUGAUAAGCUCUGCUUUGGGGUCUAUUUUAUCGUUUUGUGUAAGUGUUGCUAUUCUAUCCUCAGGUUUGAAGUGUUAGAAUAUUUUUAGAAUAUGAAUUUAAAGACCACAUGAAAUAUACUGUUUGACACCAUUAGCGAUAGCAAAUAGUAAGAAAUGGUUCACGGUGGUGAAUGAGCCCAUGAAAUACAUGACUAUGCCCAAAUAGAAAACAUCAUUUUUCACAUGACAUGUCCACAAGAGGCGCUAUAUAAUUUUUCUUUCCAAAUAGAACGGUCUAAAGGCUGAUGCUAUAUAGUGUGUUAAAAUGUCCCUGAAAAAGUUAAAGGUGAUGGUGGCAAUGUUUUAUCAUGGCAUUUAGUCAAUGAAAUCAAACCUAUAUUGUUUACAAAAGCAAAUGUGAGAUAAAAACACAUUUGCUGAAGCAUGCAUGCCAGUUUAGCUUGCUAAUUACUUUACCAGGUGUGCUACCGAGCAAGUUUACUGUAUCAGAAAUGCCACACAUAUGGAGCUGUUUAUGUGAUGCAAAUGUCAAAAUGUAUUAGUUUACAAAUAAUGCAAUAUAUGUUAAAUUAAUUCUGUAUUCAACAGAGUACUGUGCAAGAACCCAUGCAAAAAAAUGCAUUUAUUCAUUAAUAUAAUCAUGAUUUGUGUGAAAAGCAACAAAAUUGUUGGCGUUUACUGCCUCUAGUGUUCAUUCAUUCAUCUGGAAACUGCAGCAAAAUGUAUGUAUAGGUACCUUUUUGCAGUUUUAGAGACAUGUAAGCAGAGUCACGUUUAACUGUACUGUAAGUGUUGUAUCUGCCAUGAUUCUUUUGAUAAACACUUUACCAACUCUGAAAGUUGGAGCUUCAGGAAAUCCACUUACUACUGUAAACAUGGUGGUGUAAAUUCAAUCAUUCCAACAUGACUUGGACGUUGACGUAGAAAAGAAACCGUCAUUUCAUGAGGUCUUUAAAAACUUGAUUGUUCUUGAGCUUUGAGUCAGUUUAGCGAUCUUCUUUAGCGUUUUAGUAUUGUUUACUGUAUGCCUAUCUAAAUUUCCACCUCAGUGUUUGUAAAAUGUAUUUUAGUGUAAUUUCCGGUAUAUAGACAUCUGUAGAGUAAGUUUUUUUUUUUUUUUCAUUAAAACUGUUUUAUUUGAUUUUGAAUAAUCAUGCCACCGGUUGUAAUAACUUCCUCUGAGGAUAUGAAAGUGUAGGUCUCAAUGAGAUUAGCUGAAUUAAUACUCAUUUCAAAUGCUCCUUUAUCAGCGCCAGCUAUGAUAUGAUUUUUUUUUUUUUAAAGCCAAACAAAACCACAUUGAUAUGACCUGCUUUUUUACAGUGUCCUGCUCAGGGCAAAGCCUGCUGUAUAAAUUUUUUGCCUUAAACCUAUUUGUGAAUGUCCUGGGUCGAAUUCUUAUACCAUUGUACCAAGUGUUAUGGAUAUAGCAUUUGAUUCGAUUACAUAUCAGAUAUGUGUGUCUUUUAAUUUUGUGCAUAUGCAGCUCGGUUCUCUUAAUUUUGGAGAGUCAAAAUGGGUUUUGAGGGUUCGGGAUUGCAGCAUUUGGGUUUUUCUUGGCAGAUGUACUUUUCGCUUUGCUUUACUCUGUUCCAUCUGAGAAUCAUCAAAUGAAGCCAUUAAUAUUAAAACAUAUGUCCAGAAAUAAUAGGCCAAAAAUAUGGUGUAUAUAUUUACAUAUUGAGGUGGACAGUGUUUAAACACUGAGCAGUGCUACUGUACAAAGUAAAAUGGACUGUAAUGAUUGUCUUAUUGUCAGCAAAAAAUAAUAAUAAUGUCUGGCAGUGUUUGAUUAUCCAUACAAAAUCCUUUUGACACUCAAAAUCCAUUUCACGUCUGUGAUUAUUCAUCAAUGCUGGUUUAUAUAAUCCAUUUCUGGAAAGAGAUCCGGUUCUGCUAUGCACCUGCUUUUAUUGUACUGUAUAUCUCUGAUGCUGUAAAUAAUGGUAUGUUCAGUAGCAUUAUUGCUUGUUUACUGUACGUUUCUGAUCUUGUAAAAUAAGGUUAUAUAGAAUUUGUGUUCAGUGCUGAAUGACUUUUAGAGCCUAGUUGUGGAAUGACACUAAUUAUAACAUUAUAUAUCUGUUCAAAUAAAAUGUUUUAUAGAAA